UCUCAAAACCGUCCCCUGCCAUUGUCUCUUCCAGAUGAUCAAUUUCCCCACCUUCAAUUCAAUGUUCCGAAGCCUCAACUCAUGGCGGCCGUUGUUCCUCUCCGCCAUCACGUGGACGACGAUCCUGACGCUGACCGUGGCGGUCGCUUCAUUCGUACCAGAGGCAGUGUUCGUCUCAGCGAUCGCUCCGACUUCUAUGUUCUCCGACGCGUGCGAGGCGGGGGACUUCGUUAGGGUACCGAUGGAUGUUCCGACGGAGGUUUUCUGCCUCCCGGCUCACAUGUUCCGCCGGUCCAAGAUGGAUUUGUUGGUUCCUCCAGUUUUCGCGGCGGUCGUUGUUGCCGGUUCGGCUUGCGUGGUCCGUGCCUUGGGUUUGUGGGAGGUGGAUGAGGAGACGCAUUAAAGCCUCGGAGCCUAAGUCCCGAAUCAAAUCACGGUUUGGUUCUCUGAUUCUGUACUUUCACGAUUUUAAAAGCUUGGGGGUUCUUUGUUUCAUUUGUGGACGCUUUUUGAGUGUAAAGAUUUGAAUACAAUUGCGUUCCGAAAACAAAGUCUAAACCAUGGGAGGAUCUCUCUGGUUUUGUUUGGAUUGAGUAAACAAUUUUAAAA